AUGUCACUUCCUGAAGCAGAAAGUGAACUGCAAGCCCAUCUCAGUGACCAUUUCGCAGAUUCUGACUGGAGGCCAGCACUUAAAGCUGUCAUGGAUGCUGAGGGAGAUACAGAUCUUGCCUUGAGGGCAGUCAAUACACUCAAGAAGGCUGCAUUUGGACGUACCAGUCUCAAACUUCGAAUUCCCGCGUGUCAACAAAAACCAGUCCAACUC